AUGUUUAGUUGGUUCGGCAGGAAGAAGGCAGGUCACUCCGAUUCAGACCACCUACAACAGCAACAAAAUGCAGAAGACUUGGCAAAUGGUUGGUUCAAUGAAGCACAGAAAGACCCUUGUUUCCCAUCCAUGAGUAAAAAACAAAGAGUUAUUGGUUUCUUUUUAUGUCUGCUCAUGGGAACAUUGUGUAUAUCAUUAGCUAGCUUGUACAUUCCAUUUUUAAUUUUGAAAGCCAGAAAAUUUGCCAUGCUGUAUAGCUUGGGAAGUUUGUUCAUAAUAUUCAGUUUCUCAAUGCUAUGGGGUCCAAUGAACCACAUCAAACAUCUGCUAUCACCUUCACGACUUCCAUUUACGACUGCUUAUUUUACCACAAUGAUUGGCACACUGUACUUUUCUUUAUCGGUUCAAAGUGCAGUCAUGACUGUUAUAUUUGGUAUCCUGCAAGUUGUUGCAUUGUUAUGGUACAUUGUUAGUUAUGUUCCAGGUGGGCAAAGAGGACUUCAGUUUUUCUCAAAAAUUUUUUAUGUUGCUGCUUCAAAAACUGUCAACAAGACCUUACUGCCUGUUUAA